UGUUUGACGCGCAAUAAUCGGCGGUGAACAACACCAUCAUGUUCUACACCGCCGAUUCUGCAAACUUCGAACCCCCCUCGCCCCAGAUCCCUCGGCUGUUACUAGCAGGUCCCCCCCGAAAUGCGAACAAGCACCAGAUACCGACCCCUCCCCUGAAUUCAGAAGCCUUUCUGGUGACUGAAAUCCGACUCCAGGACCUGAGAUGGGAUCUGUAUAUGUUUGCCAUGCACAUGCAAGAUUGGACUCGCGAGAUCCGGUUCUAUAUCAAGCGGACGACCCGAUUAUCUUCCAAGAUGGAAGCCCUCGUGACGUUGACAUACAUGUACCAGCUCCUCUCGACCACUGGAAAUCAAUCGAUGCUGUUCUGGAUCAAGGAACAUGAUCAGGUUGGAUCGUGGAUAUACGAGGCAUUCAUCGCCAUUGCCAGUCGACUGAGAGAUCAAGAAUGGCAUCAAUGGCAGGCAGAGUAUCCUGAGCUGUGGCACGUCGUCAACACAAUACGACUCGGUCAAGAUGGACCCCUGAUCGAACACUUGUAUCUGAACAAACCUGGACUGAAGACCAAAGAGACACGAGGAUAGCGUUAUCUAGCAGAAAGGUUCCCGGUUUAUUACGAGCAGCAAAUGUACCAGAAGGCGUUGGAGUCGGAGGCGCAGUAUGUCGGAACGCAUCAGGUGCUCUUCGGUGGAGCUUGAGCCAGGGUUGUAAGGGACCUCUGCUCAGUCAGUCGCUCAGUCAGUCUAGCAAGUGUGUAUGACUAGUAUGGCAACGGCGUUGAGCGCCGUGUGUAUCUGAAUAAUAAUGUAUAUGACCUUGGUUUCGG